GGGCUGCUGGCGGCAGCUCUGUAGAAGCAGGUCUGUGGUUGAGCUGCGUAUGGAGCAUCAAGGGUGGACAGAGGACCUAUGGAGGGCGCUGCUCGGCGUGGCUUUCCGAGCGCGGCUGCCCUCAUAAGGGACUUGCAUGCUUUGUAAAGCCUAACCCCCUCAGGGAAGUGUUGACCAAAGUGACUUGUAGAUGAGCUGGCCAGCCUUCAAUCAGGAGAAUGUGUGCAGUAUAAUUCGCCUACCCCCUUCUGUAAGAAAGAAAGAGGCAAAUCCCAUCUGUUGAUUUGUUGACUCAGUCAGGCCUAUUAGAAACAAGUCUGGAGCACUGGAGGAAUUUCUCCCUCCCCCUUUUCAACACUAACUCCUCUCUCUGUUGCAGCAUAAAAGAUGCCUGUGACUGACCAGGCCUUUGUGACCCUUGGUACUAAUGAUGCUUACUGCCAUGGAGCUCUGGUUCUUGGGCAGUCCUUGAGGAGCCACAGGACAUCCAGAAUGCUGGCAAUACUAAUCACACCCCAAGUCUCCAGAGUAAUGAGAGCUGUCCUCAGCAAUGUAUUUGACACUGUGGUUGAUGUGGACGAAAUCGAUAGCAAAGACACAGUGCGCUUGGUUCUCUUGAAUAGGCCAGAACUGGGUGUAACCUUUACCAAGCUUCAUUGUUGGACACUUACUCAAUAUAACAAAUGUGUCUUUAUGGAUGCAGACACUUUGGUACUGUGCAAUGUUGAUGAGCUGUUUGAUCGGGAAGAACUGUCAGCUGCUCCUGAUUCUGGCUGGCCAGACUGCUUUAACAGUGGUGUCUUUGUUUUCCGUCCUUCUUUAAAAACCUUUGGCCUCCUCCUGCAGUUUGCAAAUGAGUGCGGUAGCUUUGAUGGAGGCGAUCAGGGACUGUUAAACAGAUUUUUCAGCGACUGGGCGAUAAUGGAUAUUAGCAAACACUUGCCAUUUCUCUAUAACCUGAGCAGCAAUGCACUCUACACAUAUGCCCCUGCGUUCCGAUUUUUUGGCAAAGAUGCGAAGGUAGUCCAUUUCUCGGGAUCAGCAAAGCCAUGGAGCUACAAUUACAAUCUUCAGACAAAAACUGUUACAGAGGAUGGCUCGACAUCAGUAUCUGAAAGUCAGCGUUCUUUUCUUGAACUUUGGUGGGAAAUACAUAGUUCCAGUAUAUUACCCUUAUUGGAAAAAAUUCAGGAAUCGCAUGAAUCAGAGCUCCAGAAAGAAGAGCUGGACUUGAGUGAAAAUCAAACUGAAUUUGAAGAAGGAUCUCUUGUCUCUAGCUGUCUUUUACCUACAUCAGUGAAUACAGAAAAUGUAAUAGAAACUAUUGUAGAUUUAAGUAAUGAAUUCUCUGCCAAUGAUCAGCUUAUACAAAAAGUGGAGGGCAGUCAUGAUAUCACAGUUGCUGAACCCAGCCAGUCAUCCACACUGCCAGCUGUCCAGCCUGUCCUUCAGCACACUGUAGAAAGAAUGGGUGGGACAUUCUACUUUGGCACCUGUGAAAAAGAGAAUGCCCAGGAAGAGAUUACUGGCUCUGUUUCAGACCUUUCUAUUAAACCAGAACCAGAACGACCAAGUGCAGAAGAUCAACGAAGAAAGUGGGAGGAAGGCCACAUUGACUAUCUGGGAAAAGAUGCCUUUGAAAACAUUCAAAAAAAGUUGGAUUCCUUUUUAUUAUAAAUCUUGCUUUUGUACUUCUACAGCAAAAUCACUG